AUGGUAAGUGCUCUCGAGAGACCUUUCAAUGAUCAGUAUGGACCAUAUCCUGGAGGACAAUGUCAUCCAUGUCCUCCACCACCGGGCUACUACUAUCCACAACCUUGUCAGUAUGAGAGGCGACGAUAUUCGGGAUGUCCAACUUGGCUAAUAUCUUUAUUUGCAUUUUGCUGUGGUUGUUUUAUUGGAGAUUAUUGUGACACAGAUUGUUGCUGUUGUUGUAUACCAUGUCCAAGGUGCUAA